CCAACCAAGAGAAAAAGAACAAAAACAACAUAACAUUUUCCCACUUAUUACUCUCUAUGAAUGUAUAGAGACAAGAUCAUGACUAAAGUGCCAAUUUUCAAGAUUCAUAGUAUCAACAAUAAUUAGCAAUAAAAUAGACUAACAGAUCAAUCCAACUACAAACACUGAGGCACACUUGUGUAUUCCAACAGCUUUCUUUCAAGCAAAGUAUACGAAUGGCUCGUUCCGCUCUGGAUGAGAUGUCAGCAACGGGUGCUUUUGAGAGAACUGCUUCAACCUUCCGUAAUAUAGUCUCAAGGGACCCCAGCUCCGUUUUUCCAGUGGAAUCUGGGAGGUACCACCUCUACAUAUCAUAUGCUUGCCCGUGGGCAUCAAGGUGCCUGGCUUACUUGAAGAUUAAAGGCCUUGACCAAGCCAUUGAUUUCACAUCUGUUAAACCUAUUUGGGAGAGGACGAAGGACAGCGAUGAGCACAUGGGAUGGGUUUUUGCUUCAUCAAGCACUGAGGAAGCAGGAGCUGAUCUUGAUCCUAUUAAUGGAGCCAAAAGCAUAAGGGAGCUGUAUGAACUUGCAAGUACAAACUAUUCUGGGAAAUACACCGUUCCGGUUCUUUGGGAUAAGAAACUGAAGACAGUCGUGAACAAUGAGAGUGCAGAAAUAAUACGCAUGUUUAAUAGUGAAUUUAAUGAUAUAGCUGAGAAUGCAGCUUUGGACCUUUAUCCUCCUCAUUUGCAAUCCCAAAUCAAUGAAACAAAUGACUGGAUAUAUGAUGGAAUAAACAAUGGAGUAUAUCAAUGUGGUUUUGCAAAGAAGCAAGAGCCUUAUGAUGAGGCGGUGCAAAAAGUAUACAAAGCUUUGGACAAAUGUGAGGAGAUACUGAGCAAGCAGAGAUACAUAUGUGGAGAUCAAGUGACUGAAGCAGAUAUUCGCUUGUUUGUCACCCUGAUUAGGUUUGAUGAGGUGUAUGCUGUCCACUUCAAGUGCAAUAAGAAGUUACUACGUGAAUAUCCAAAUCUGUUUAAUUACACCAAAGAUAUUUUCCAAAUACCCGGCAUGAGCAGUACUGUCAACAUGGAACACAUCAAAAAACAUUACUAUGGGAGCCAUCCUGGCAUCAAUCCUUUUGGAAUCAUUCCCCAGGGUCCAAAUAUCGACUAUUCCUCUCCACAUGAUCGAGAGAAGUUUUCUAAGUAGGAAUGGUACAUAAUCUGGGCAUGCAUUUCAAACUCCGGUCAUCCUGUUCACCUCUUAAGAUUUAAGGAGUAUGUGGAGUUGCUAUACUGAUGCUGCCUCAAUCUUUGGCUUUUUACAGCGUAAAAUUAUCUAAUAAUAAGAGAUGGAAGUUGUACUAGUUUUUUUGUAAAGCAAGGAGUUGAAACAAGAGCUUCUGCUAUAUUUACCGUUUGUUCAUCCUAAAAGUGUUUCUGUAGAGUUGCUACAACUUGUAGUUUCUCAUGAAUCUCAGUUUUAUGCAGUGUUGAAUUAUCUACUAAAUAAGAGAUGUAAGUUGUGCUA